AUUUCUCACAGACUGGCUAGGAGGGUGUUGUUUCUGAAGCCAUGGCAGAGGCAGAGGAAGAAUUCAGAGCAGCUGCUGCCCUGGAAGAUGAGCUCAGCUGCCCUAUCUGUCUGUGCUUCUACAGCAACCCUGUCUCCCUGAGCUGCCAGCACAGCUUCUGCAAGGAGUGUAUCCAGAAAGCACUGGCUGCCCAGCAGCAAGCCAAGGCCACCUACUCCUGCCCUAUGUGCAAGGUCCAGCUGGGGCCCUUUCUGGAGCUGCAUAAGAACUUCCAGCUCUGCAGCAUAGUGGAGAAGUUCCAGACGGCUUCUUCAAAGGGAAAGCAGGGCAAGGAGAAGGCCUCUCCGCAAGGGAAGGAGACAGUCCCCUGUGAUUUCUGCCUGGAGCAGCCUCACACAGCAGUGAAAACCUGUCUGACCUGUGAGGCAUCUCUGUGUCAGGCCCACCUGAGCAAACACAAUGCCAAGGCUGCACAGAAGGAUCAUGUCCUGGUAGACCCCAGUGACAACAGCUCCCUGCAGGAGAGGAAGUGUGGCAAGCAUGGCAAGCUGCUAGAGUGUUACUGUGAAGAUGACCAGGUCUUCGUCUGCAUGAUGUGCUCUAUCGCAGGCUCCCACAAGGGCCACAGCGUCAUCUCCCUGAAGGAGGAGUAUGACAAGGAGCUGGUUGUUCUCUCUCACACUGUGAAACUGAUGCAGGAAAACAAAAGUGCUAUGAAUAAAACCUUAGGGGAGCUUCAGAAGAGUGAGAAUCAGCUCCAGCUCAAUAAGAAAACUUUGAAUGCUCAGCUGUCAAACCUCUUCAAAGAGAUCAAGGCAGUGGUGGAUCAGAAGGAGAAGCAGAUCCUGGCUGACAUACAAUCCAGUGAGAAAAAGCAGCUGUCAGAGAUUGCCACACUGAAGAAGCAAACAGAAAAGAAGAGAGAUGAGGCUGAGAAGGGUCUUCAGGACCUGCAGAUGCUGAGAGCGCAAACAGACCCUUUCCACUUCCUCAGAGAAUUUAAAGUGGCACAAGACAGGAUUAAUAAUCAGGAUUUCAGGACUGACAGCAUGGAAGUAUUACCACUGCAGCUGGAUCAGGCAACAAUUGCUGAUGUUAGACGCUGGACACAGCAGUAUAUCUCAAACCUAGAUUCACAAAUGCAAGAGGUGCACAGUCAGUUCAUUAACCAAACAAAGAAGAACAGAGCAGCUCCAUUGAUAUACAGAGCAGCUCCAUUCUCCAGAGAUGAUUUACUUUUUCAAGGUAAUCAAUUCUCGCAUUUCUUCCAAAAUCAAGCAUCUGGUAUUUUUCAAACUAACCCAUUUCCAUGGAAAUAGACUGGGAACACAAGGCAGUGAAUGCAGAACAUACAACGAAAGGAAAGGAUGUGGUGUCUGAAAUAGUGGUUUCCAGCAUGGUGCAUUAUUCCCAGAAGUAAUAAAGAGACAUGAAAAAAGUUGGGGAAACUGAGACCAAAGAGAUUAAAUUCAACAUUUUCAAAAAUGUCCAUUAAUUCUGGGUACUUUUCAAGUGUCCCUGCCAAAAAAACUUCCUGCAGCAAAUAAAAAUAUAGAAUAUGAAUGCAAAGAAUUAAACAUGAAUGCAGCAAAAAAGCCCAUGUGGCUUGUCCUUCUCCCUUUCUCACCAACACGUGGAAUUGCUUGUUUCAGAGUAUUUACCAACCAAGCUAUAGUCGUGUCACCAGUGAUUAGUCUGACUAAAUAGUGGCUGUAUGUGUGUAAGCUUUUGACUUCUGUUCAAUGUGUUUUGGAGCAAUCAAAUAAAUGAUUAAAAACAUGUAAAG